CACACCAAAGAUAGAAGCUGUCAAAAUUUUGCAGGAAGGCACAUGCAAACGCUGUUUACAAUUUUCUACCCCGCGACAUCCCAGUGUUUGUUGUUUUGCACUGUUGUUUUCGUGGGGAUCACCUGAUCGUGUCCGUGUCGCGUACAAUGCGUUCCCAGGGCGCGGGUGCCAUGCCGCGCGUUUCGUGAUCGUAGAAAGCAGUGAAUCUUCGCAUGACGGGUGUGAUUUUUGCGUAACGUAAAUUCGCGAUGGGCGCUAAGCCGAGUACCGCGAACGGGGGGCAGAGUCCGCGUACGAGGACAUUCUCUACGAGUUCUAGCUCGGAAGUAGUGUCAGGAGGUGCAGGUUUCAAUUUGCUGCGAGCGAUACCUGGUAUUCAGGUGUCGAGUGACCGGCAGAGAGCGCGGUCGUUGUCCUCCGUGCCAGACCUUCAUGCUUCUCAUGAAGCAAUCGCGAUCCCUCCCAACUCCCAGAGUUACGAGGCGUCGGCUGCGGCCAGUCCCGACUCAGACUCCAGUUCCAACGAGGAACCGGGCCCCGCUCCUGGUACUUCCCUGGCCCUUGGAAGAGUUUAUGCAGCACACUCCUUGCCAUCACAUAUCUGGUCCAUUAAUGGUAUAAAAUGUCCUGUGUGCAGCAAGUUCGUGCUGCCGGACGACAUCGAGUGCCACCUUGUCAUGUGUCUAACAAGGCCCAGGCUCUCCUACAACGAGGACAUCCUGAGCGACUCCAAGGGCGAGUGCGUGAUCUGCCUGGAGGAGCUGUGCGCUGGCGACACCAUCGCGCGUCUGCCCUGCCUCUGCAUCUAUCAUAAGGGAUGUAUAGACCAAUGGUUUGAAGUGAACAGAUCUUGUCCGGAGCACCCAGGAGACUAGUGUGGGGGGCGACGGGCCACCCCGGCCACCGAGGGCCACCGCGGGCCAGUGGGCCGCCGUGGGCUGUGGGCUGUGGGCCACCCGGCCAUGUGCCAUCGCGAGUGAUAAUUUUAUACAAUGAAUGGACUGCGCGCCGCGCUUGUACAUACAAACUAUGAUAGUGAGAUGUUUUACCAAUUAAUUAAAUAAAUAAAAAACAACAAAAAACAGUUAUAGUUAACGCUAAAGGGAAAUUCUCGGUGGAGUAUUAUACUAAUUGUAAAUUUUACAUCGUUAAUAUUUAGUUAGUGUUUAUUUGAUAUUAAUGUAUAAUUUUGGUAUACGUUGUAUAGUUUUGCAGUAAGCUAUAGCCGAGGUUGCGUUAGGCGCUGCGAUCCGGUCGCAGUUACAUAUCUGUUUCGUAAGCUUAUGGUGUAAUUAUAUAUAUAUGAUUUGAUCUUUUUCAUCUUGAUAAUAAAGUUGAUUUGUUUCUAAAUUUUC